GGCUCCUCUUCUGUUAUUCUUUGGGCUCAGACCUUCUUCCCAGCGUUCCCUGAGCUUGCGCCUCGAUCUCUUCUGCGAGGCCCUCUCCAGCCUCCCAGCACCCAGGACCGAGCUCCUGCGUGCACCGCGUUCCGAGAGUCAAUAUGGCUGGGGCUGAAGAAGCGGUCCAUGGAGGCUGUGACUGCCGUCCUCCGUUUGUUGGUGGGAAGUCUGUGCUUCUCUUUGGACAGAGCCAAUACACAGCAGAUGAAUACCAGGCCAUCCAGAAAGCCCUGAGGCAGAGGCUGGGGCCAGAGUACAUUAGCAGCCGCAUGGCGGGAGGAGGUCAGAAGGUGUGUUAUAUUGAAGGUCACCGGGUAAUUAAUCUGGCCAAUGAGAUGUUUGGUUACAAUGGCUGGGCACACUCCGUCACCCAGCAGAAUGUGGAUUUUGUUGACCUCAACAAUGGCAAGUUCUACGUGGGAGUCUGUGCAUUUGUAAGGGUGCAGUUAAAGGAUGGUUCCUACCAUGAGGAUGUGGGCUAUGGAGUUAGUGAGGGCCUCAGAUCGAAGGCUUUGUCACUGGAGAAGGCCAGGAAGGAGGCUGUGACUGACGGGCUGAAACGGGCACUCAGGAGUUUUGGGAAUGCACUUGGAAACUGCAUUCUGGAUAAAGACUAUCUGAAGUCGCUGAAUAGGCUGCCUCGGCAGCUCCCACUUGAAGUGGAUUUAACUACAACAAAGAGAGAAGAUUUUGAACCAUCUGUAGAACAGGCAAGAUAUAACAGCUGCCGACAGGAUAAAGCAUCGGGGCUCCCCAAACCACAGGAAGCAGCUUCUCCUUGCAGACCAAGCCACCCACAUGAUUCGAACAUUAAGCUACAGGGGGCUAAGGACAGCAGCAGCAGCUCCUGCAGUCUGGCCACCACCUCAGAGAGUGAUGCCACUCACCAGAGGAAGCUCCGGAAGCUCCGGCAGAAGCAGUUACAGCAGCAGUUCCGGGAACAGAUGGAGGCUCACCGGCUUAGCCACGCACCUGCCGAAGAGGUGGAAGCCAAGCGUGAGGCAGCACUUCCAGCCCCUCCAAAACACAGCACCCCCGUACCUGCAGCCUCGGCAUGCCUCAGGGAGAAAGCCGUCCUUCCAGAUAACCUAGAAGAGAACCUUGAAAUGUGGGACCUUACUCCAGACUUAGAGGACAUCAUUAAGCCCUUGUGUAGAACAGAACCACCCCAAACCUCUGUCACCCGAACCCUCAACAACCAGGCGGUGAUCCAGGACAGUGUCCCACAUAUCCAUUGCCACCAGAAAGUACAAGAAAAACCUGGACCUGGGCACCUGCAGACCUGCAGCACUAAUCAGCAUGUCCUAGGUAGCAGAGGUUCGUGGAAGAGCAGAGAUUCUGGGUUUAAUUCUAUCAAAUGGAAAGGAAAGAAAACUCUGAAUCUCAUAGGAAGAGCCAGGACCUGAAGAAAAGGAAACUAGAUCCAUCCUGAAGCUCAAUAAGUUACUAGAUUCUGCCACAAAAGGACUUUGGAAAAUGCAGUUUGGUCACCAAAUUAUUCCCAUCUUGGUUCAUGCUGAACUCUUUAGAGCCUACUGUAGAGGAAGCUGACUACAAGAGGUUGUUGUACCCUGUGAUGGGAAAGAGGCCAACAGAUGCUUUAACUUUUUUCAGUAUUGCUUACUCCUAAGCCAAUGCAUUGAGAUUCUAGGAAGGCUGCCUUCCGUUUUAACGAUGUAGCUCACCAAACCCAGUUUCAUUGCCACCUACAUUAAAUCACGUGUGACCUUGCCUUUCCUUUGGCUUCAGGUUUUUAAUGUUUUCCACUGGGUGCUAUCAACAAGGUCACGGUUAGUUCAGGACUAUGCAUGGAUCCACAGAGUAGCCUCCCUUUAUCUAGAGAUGUGCCAACACUUAAAUGGGGCACUUAAGACUUCCGUCCUCUCCAUGGCAUUUCUUUUAGUGUUUUUGUUUUUUGUGUAGUCCUGGCCGUCCUGGGUCUUGCACCUGCCCCCUCCCUCCCUCCCUUCAGAGUGCUGGGAUUAAAGGAGUGGCUCCUGUCAGUGCUGUGUUUUGAGCUAGUAAUGUUUGAACGCUAAUACUGGAAGAAUUGGUGUGACUUAUAACUGAGAUUACUGGUCGUUAGACUUCUUGCAUGGCUGUAUUUGGCAAAGGCGUAAUUCACAUCCAGGGUAAGAUUCAUGAACAACGCACAAUUUUAAAGAAUUGUUUUCUCUGGCUGAAACCUGAAUGAAAAACCAUGGGUUGUCGGGGAGCUACUGCAUAACUUCUCAUUUAAAGGAAGGAAUCAUAGUGCAUAAGGUUGCUGGGACUUGAACUCAGACAUUUCAAGAGCAGUCAGUGCUCUUAACUGUUGAACCCCAGGAAUAGGUUUUUUUUUUCUUUUUUUUCGGAGCUGGGGACCGAACCCAGGGCCUUGCGCUUCCUAGGCAAGUGCUCUACCACUGAGCUAAAUCCCCAACCCCCAGGAAUAGGUGUUUUAAAGAAGUAACUACUCUCUUGACUAUGUCAUACCCAGAAGUUCCCAUGAUUCUUUUCAAAGGAAUAAGGAACUUCCAAGUCUACGUAGCUGCAUUUAGGGUUAUGCUAUGCCUAAAACAGGAGGAAAUUGGUGCUCUCUUCACACCAUGUGGGUCCUUGUGGUCAAGCACAGGCUUUGUGGGAAGUACCUUUAGCCCCUGUUCUCAAUCUCGAAGCAGGAACAAGAUUUAUUUGUGGGAAACUGAGUCAAAUGCUUACAGAACUGUUGACUGACAGCCGUUUGCCAUAAUUUCCCUGCCUCCUAACAGCUGCUUUGCCUUUUUUUUCCUGAGGGGAAAGUACCACUUUCAUCCUUGCAACUGCUACUAAAGGUUCCCAGAAACAAUAAAUCCAGCUAUAAACUGACACAUCUGUGUGUUGGUAGUCUGGCAGGUUGGAAAAGGAGAGACUCACCUCAUAAUUCAUGUGUCCUUUGCUGCCUCUCCUGCCUGAAAAAGUUUUUUUGUUGGUUUGUUAGAAAGGACACCCCAGAGUUCAACAAAAGCAAGUUUGGUUUAUUUGAAUGGUUUCAUUAAAUAAGUUCUACAAAGGUAACAAACUGAAGCACGAAGCGCAAUCUUACAAGAAGCGCAACACCCGGAGUUAGUGCAAAAUGUACAGUUAACGGCUGCUGAGAAACCCCAAGGUUUGAAUUCAGUUUUAAACAGUGUACAUUGUUAAAUAACGUAAGGAAAACAUUUAUAAUUCGGAAAGUUCUUUUUAAAUGUGGAAAAAGAUACUCAAAGUGUACUAUUAACACAAAAAUAAUUUAAACAGUUCAGUAGCUCUAGCUCUUGUCUCUAGGCUUCAGUUAUUUCAUCCACAGGAGGGGAAAUCAACAGUAAGUAAACCUUUGUGAAGGGGGCACAGACCUCAAAACCAAACACCACAGGCUGCAUUUGGCUCCCUCUACUGCUGGUACAAAACACUCAAUCAUCCAAAACCCGCUUCACUCCCACAGUACCUCUCACCCUCUCCCAAAAGGAAUAAAUGAGUGAACACUUUAGUAGCAGGACCUCAAACAAAAACCCUGCUCAUUACACUUCCCUCUCCUAAAACUUUCAGCUCUCACUUGUACCUUUGGGCCUCGACCAACUUAGAAAGAACAGGACUGACUCUUAAAGGAAGCAGCCAGGCUCUUGCUAGUGUGGCAACUCCCGGGAUGUGUCAUGAAGUUGGAAAUGUGUCAGUUCCCAACUCAAGGUGAAGCACCCAAGAAAUGACGGAGAUCUACUUUUCUCCACUUUUCUAGAAUAUUCAGAUCCCAAACAGCCAAUUAGGUCCCUACUGCCAGAAAGUUAGAUAAUACUGGUUGGUUCUGUUAUUUCGGGACAUGAGUAUGAAAACGUGAGAGUAUUAUUUCUAAUACAGAAGUAUAGGCAGCACAAUAGAUUCUGACUGUGCAGCCAUUUGGACAUGGCAGAAGGGGUAGGAAAGGAAAUAAGCAUUGUUAGAAAGUCAGAAGUGGGUUGAAUUCCCACAGUACAGUACUUAAAGCAGAGAAAUGGGUGGUACAUGUGUAAUAAGAGGUGGGGGCAACCAAGCAGGUUUCCUUAGAGCAAUAUUUCCAUCUGUGACUUGGCACUGCCAUCCUCCCCAACGUAAAAUCUAGCCCACCCCCUCUCACUUUACUUUCCUCUAGGUCUUGUUUGUUCAGUGGCCAGGCAUCACUUCGAACAAGCUUGUCCCCCACAUCCAGUCCCUGUCCUUCACACGGCUCACAACUCUCCUCAUUCUUUCUGAAACAGAACUUUAUUUCCCACCACUGAUGCCAACCUCUCACUGUGUUCAUCUCACACCUGCUCUAGGCAAAACUGUUGAACGACUAAAAAAAAAAAAAAAAAGAAAGAAAGAAAGAAAAAAGAAAAAAAAAAAAAGGAAAAAGAAAAACAAAACAAAAAAAUAAA